AUGAGCGAAUCCUGGCAGAGGUCGAGGCCAUGGCCAAGGGACGCCGCGAUGACGCCGUCCGAGCCGGAUGCAGCCGCGGACGCGAGGGCCGGCGAGGCGUCGACGCUGAGGGACUUCGGCACGUCGAUGGACGCCAUCUCGUUCGGGUUCGCGGCCACGGCCAUCCUCAUCUCCAUCUUCCUCCUCAUGGCCAUCUUCGAGCACCUCAUCAAACCCCAGGCCUUCCCGGCGCCGGGCAGCUCACCCGGUCGCCGCCGCCGUAACCACCGCUCGCCCGGAAAACUCCAGAGCCCGCCGAUGGUAGAGACGGUGAUGCAGACAGUGGACCUGUCGGUGCUCAUGCCGGGGCAGCGGUACCCGACGUACCUGGCGCAGCCCGCGCCGCUGCCGCUGCCGCCGUCGUGCCCAAGGGAGGGGGUGCAUUGGCCGACGCACGACCACCACGGCUCCUACAUGCCACCCUGA